UCUGUACAUAAUCGGCUUAAACACAUAAAUUGUCUUAUGGGGACUGCUCUUAUAACAUGUUUGGAAUGGCAGUAGUGGCCAGUAGCAGUGAGUAAAGCUUUUUAUAGGCAGAGAUUAUAUUACUAUCUUUUGUGUAUAAGUGCAAAUCUGAAAAAUUGAUAGAGAGCUUACGAAAGAGAUGUGUAAAUUUCAAUUUCACUAUGUUGUUAUUCACAUAUUGUACAAAAUUAUGGAAAUCGUUUUGUGUGCCUUGCUAAAUAAUAAUAAGGUCGUCUAUGUAGCAACCAUGGAGUGCAAGAAAUUGUUUAAAGGUAUUGUCCAUAUUAUAGAUGAAAUGCUCCUCCCACCAGCCCAUCAUGAGGUUAGCAUAUGAUGGAGCAAAUUUCGCCGGUAUAGUUGUUUUUAGAGAAAAAACUAAUUAUUGUAUAAGAAAUAGUUAUGUCUUUUGUAAAAAAUCUAUAGCUUCAAGAAGAAAAGACUGUAGUUGUAUGGAGUAAGCACUAUAGGACAUGUAGUUGGUUUUGAAAAGUUCUUUGUGGGAUUACAGGGUAACUGUGAGUAAGACUCCAAGUCCGAAAGUUGGCAUAAGGCCUCCUCAUGAUAAUCUGUAUAGUUCAGAACCACUACCAUUCCUCCCUUGUCUGCAGCCGGAAUGACAAUGGACUGGUCAUUUUCCAGACUUUGUAGGGCUUGUUUUUCACUGCUUGUCAAAUUAUUAGAAUGUGUUUUUGUACAUGUUUUAUAAUAUAAUGUAGUUUAGAACUUUUUCCAUUUUUUUCUGGAACAGGUCCACUGCUGUACCCCUUUGAUGCACUGGAUAGAAGUUGGAUUUGGUUUUAAACGAGUCUAAUAAAAGGGGAGGAACUGAUAGGCCUACUCUACCCACUUGAUCAUCCUGUUCCCGUAAUAGUGAUUCUAAGGUUUUUUAAUGUACAAAUGUCAGGAAAUUCCAUUAACUUAUUGCUAAUGCUUUUCUUUACUCAUGCAACGUGAUGCAGCCAGUGCCAGUUGUAAUAUACAGUGCAACUGAAAGAGUGCAAUUUCAAUUUGUGUUGCAUCCUUGUACAGUGGGGCUUUCUCAUAAUUGCUAGACUUAGAGUAAUGGCUUUGUGAACUUUGGCAAUAUGGGCAGUUAAAACAUUAAUUGUUAAAGCACACAUGGUGCAAAGUACAACCAGCUCACACUGCCUGACUUAACACAAUAGUAUCUAAAGUGGCAAGGCCCAGAGCAAAAGAACAUUUUAUGAAACAGUGUUUCAGUGGUUAUCAUGUGGAACCUAAAAGACUGCUUAAGGAAUAUAGGUGAAAGAGCUACUCUUUGCCUCAUGUAAUGCAGAUGGCCUGACGCACAGUCUCUCAGUGCUUACCUGCUCUCAGUCAGUGGAAAUCACAACUUUUUCCUAAAAAAAAAAUGGAGUGGGUGGGUUAAGGAGGGUUUUUAUUUUUAUAUUGCCUCCUCUUCUCAUUCAAUCGCUGAUCCCACCAGGGAUCCCCCCCAGGCUGUGCUCUGCACAGGUACUGCCCAAGACCUCUUCCACUUCCCUCUUUUCCUGUGCUUACCCUCCUUCCUAGACUACUCCGUCUCUAUGGACUCCCAGGCUUUUUUGGUCUUUGUCCCUGAACCCCCCUGGGCCUGCGAGCUUGCUAGCUCUAUUACCUUCUUGCAGGGGCAUGCCAGACUACCAGAAUCUUUAGCCAAGCACCCGCUUAGCCAAGUCCACUACUAUCCCAGUCCCAGACCAUGUUUCAAGGACCCCAUAGAGAAUAGACUUAAAGGUUUCUGCAAAUCCAUCUUUUUUGCAUUGGGUUCCGCCUUCAGACCCAGCUGAAGCGGCAUGAUUUAGACGGGCCUCUAAAGUCUGGGCAGGCCAACUCUGUCAAGCAGUGGUGGAUGGUUCUGAACUACCUUCUGUCUUACAAAUUGCAGAGCAGCUUAAAGAAGCCUCUCCGUUUCUUUAUCAGGCCUCUUUUGAUGCCGCAAUGAUUGCCAGGGCCUAUGCCACCUCUAUCGCAGCCAAACGGCUUGAACUGGCUUAAACACUGGUUGCCGGAUUUAACCUCAAAGAAGAUGCAAGUGUCCAUUUCUUUCUCAGUGAAGGUUCUGUUUGGCACUGAACUAGACAAGAUCAUCAGCCAGGCCACCGGGGGUAUGUUUCCACAAAACAUACAAAAGAACCAGUCUUCCAAUCAACGUUUUUCUUGCUAUCAUUCCUUUCGCUCCAAACAGGCAAAGCUUAAGUCCGCAAAGAAGACCCCUUCCUUUUAAGGUAAAGGGGAAAGAUCUGCCUGGUCUUCUGGCAGGCAAGGUCAGAAGUCCACUACAGACAAAUAUGCCACCUCCUGAAGGCAUCUCCUUUUGUUUUGAGAAGUGUGGUCUCACCCAUUCACAGAUGCAUGAGAAAUCCUUCUCCACAGCUACUCCAUCAAGUUUCAACACCCCCCUCUCUGGAGAGGCAGCGCUCUUUGCUAUCCAGAAACUAUUUGAAGAAGACUACGAACCAAGACCUAUCUUUAUUUCUGGGACCAUUGUAGAUAAAAGUGGACGAACACUCUCUGGACAAACUGGCGAAGCUUUUGUUGUAAGCGUGUCCCACGCCGAGCCACUUUGUAUUGGGUUGAACUGUGCUUUGGGUGCUAUCGAAAUGAGGCCUUUCAUUGAAGCCAUUGGGAAAUGUACAACAUCCUAUGUCAUCUGUUAUCCAAAUGCAGGUCUCCCCAACACCUUUGGUGGUUAUGAUGAAACACCUGAAGUCACUGCUAAACAUAUAAAGGAUUUUGCAUUGGAUGGCCUGGUGAAUAUUGUCGGUGGUUGCUGCGGAACUACACCAGCUCACAUCAGAGAGAUCGCAGAGGCCGUCAAGAACUGUAAACCACGAAUUCCCCCUACAUCAGUAUUUGAUGGUUAUAUGCUGCUCUCAGGUUUAGAGCCCUUUAGGAUUGGACCGUAUACUAAUUUUGUGAAUAUUGGAGAGCGCUGUAAUGUAGCCGGGUCAAGACGAUUCGCCAAGCUAAUCAUGUCAGACAAUUAUGAGGAGGCUCUGAGUGUUGCCAAGGCUCAAGUGGAAAUGGGAGCUCAGAUUCUGGAUAUCAAUGUGGAUGAUGGAAUGCUGGAUGGCCCAACUGCCAUGGCCAGAUUUUGUAAUUAUAUAGCGUCAGAGCCAGACAUUGCCAAGGUACCCUUGUGUAUCGACUCUUCUAAUUUUAAUGUCAUAGAGGCUGGGCUGAAAUGCUGUCAGGGGAAAUGUAUUGUGAACAGCAUCAGUCUGAAAGAAGGGGAGGAAGACUUCCUUGCAAAGGCCAAAAAAAUCAAGCAGUUUGGUGCUGCUGUGGUGAUCAUGGCUUUUGAUGAAGUGGGGCAGGCCACAGACACGGAAACUAAAGUCAGUGUGUGCACAAGAGCUUAUAAUCUUCUGGUUGAGAAGUUGAAUUUCAACCCCAAUGACAUAAUCUUUGACCCAAACAUCCUAACAAUUGGCACUGGCAUGGAAGAACAUGAUAAAUAUGCUAUUAAUUUUAUUGAAGCCACCAAAAGUAUUAAGGAAUCUUUGAAAGGAGCAAGAGUAAGUGGGGGUCUCUCCAAUCUUUCUUUUUCAUUUCGCGGAAUGGAAGCUAUCAGAGAAGCCAUGCACGGAGUCUUCCUCUACCAUGCCAUAAAGGCUGGCAUGGAUAUGGGCAUAGUGAACGCUGGGAACCUACCAGUUUAUGAUGAUAUUGACAAAGAGCUCCUUACUCUUUGUGAAGAUCUAAUCUGGAACAGAGAUCCUGAUGGAACAGAGAAGCUCUUAAAAUAUGCACAGACAAAGGCUAAAGGUGGGAAGAAGGUGAUCCAGACUGAUGAGUGGAGGAACGGCUCUGUAGAGGAAAGGUUGGAAUAUGCACUUAUCAAGGGCAUUGAAAAAUUUGUUAUUGAAGAUACAGAAGAAGCAAGAGCAAACAAGGAAAAAUACUCAAGACCUCUGCACAUCAUUGAAGGGCCUCUUAUGAAUGGCAUGAAAGUAGUUGGAGAGCUGUUUGGUGCAGGGAAGAUGUUUUUGCCUCAGGUGAUUAAGUCUGCUCGUGUGAUGAAGAAGUCUGUGGGACAUCUGAUUCCUUUCAUGGAGAAAGAAAGAGAGGCGAUGAGAGCCAUAUCGGGCACUCUGGAAGAAGAUAACCCCUAUCAAGGCACAAUUGUACUGGCGACUGUUAAAGGGGAUGUGCAUGACAUCGGCAAGAAUAUUGUAGGAGUAGUGCUGGGGUGCAAUAACUUCAGGGUGAUUGAUUUAGGUGUCAUGACACCAUGCGAUAAGAUACUACGAGCUGCCAUAGAAAACAAAGCUGAUAUAAUUGGUCUGUCUGGUCUCAUCACUCCAUCUCUGGAUGAAAUGAUUUUUGUUGCCAAGGAGAUGGAAAGACUUGGUAUAAGAACCCCUCUACUAAUUGGUGGAGCAACAACAUCUCGGACGCACACUGCUGUGAAAAUAGCACCUCGAUACAACGCCCCAGUUAUCCACUGUUUGGAUGCUUCUAAGAGUGUGGUGGUUUGCUCUCAGCUUUUAGACGAAAAUGUCAGAGAUGACUUCUUGGAAGAAAUAACAGAAGAAUAUGAAGAUAUUCGCCAAGAUCACUAUGAGUCCCUCAGAGAAAGAAGAUAUCUGACUUUAGAACAAGCCAGAAAUAAAGGACUGCACAUUGAUUGGCUUUCUCACCCGAAGCCAGUGCGGCCAAAGUUGAUUGGAACAGAGGUGUACAGCAACUAUGAUCUUGAGAAACUACGUCACUAUAUUGACUGGAAACCUUUCUUUGAUGUGUGGCAGCUUAGGGGCAAAUACCCAAACAGAGCAUUUCCCAAAAUAUUUAACGAUAAGACAGUAGGAGAGGAGGCAAAGAGACUCUAUGAAGAUGCCCAGAAUAUGCUGAAUAUGGUUAUUAGUGAAAAGAAGUUUGAGGCCAGGGGGGUUGUUGGUAUCUGGCCAGCUCACAGUGUGCAAGAUGACAUUCUGUUAUAUGCAGAUGAAGGGAAUAUGAGUUCCACAGAAGCCAUUGCAACGUUUUAUGGUUUACGGCAGCAGGCAGAGAAAGACUCUGCAUCCACUGACCCAUAUUACUGCCUCUCUGACUUCAUCGCCCCUCAACAUUCUGGGGUGAAAGACUAUUUGGGAGUGUUUGCUGUGGCAUGUUUUGGGGUGGAAGAGCUGAGCAAAGUGUAUGAGAAACAAGGAGAUGACUACAGCAGCAUCAUGGCCAAAGCACUGGGAGAUCGGCUGGUUGAGGCCUUUGCAGAGGAACUUCACGAGAGAGUCCGGAAAGACUUAUGGGGUUACUGUAGUGAGGAGCAACUGAAUGUGUCUGACUUGCGCAGGAUACGCUAUGAAGGCAUCCGACCAGCUCCUGGAUACCCUAGCCAGCCAGAUCACAUAGAAAAAGUUACCAUGUGGAAACUAGCAGAUGUUGAAAGAACAACAGGAAUCAAGCUGACAGAGUCUCUGGCCAUGUCCCCGGCUUCUUCAGUCUCUGGUCUAAUGUUCUCCAGUCCUAUGUCCAAGUAUUUUGCUGUAGGGAAAAUUUCCAAAGAUCAGGUAGAAGAUUAUGCUUGCAGAAAAAAUAUGCCUGUGUGUGAAGUUGAGAAAUGGUUGGGCCCGAUUCUGAGCUAUGAUCCUGAAGACUAACAAAGCUCUUCUCAGAAUGGAAAAGGGAGAGAAACUCUGCUUGAGAUAUGUGCUCACUGGUCAUACUGUAUAUUGGACACUUAGGGGCACAUUCAUUAAAGAACGACAGGUCCGAUACUAAAAAUUCUUAUUUUUUGUAAA